AUGACAGGUAAUAUAAGGUCUCGCCGUGCUUAUCAUAACACCUUCGGUGACGAAGUCCAAGAUACCCAAAACAAAGAACAAUUUUCAACUCAAGGGCGUGAAGUGUUUUCUAAUCCGACUCAAUCACAUAACACCCCUUUUCAAAAUCAAUCCUCAUUCCAUAAUUAUCCAACCCACAAUACCUUUGCUUCGACCCCAAAGAAUGUUAUGUCAAGUGAUGGUAAAACUGCUUUUACAACUGAUGCUGAUAAAGCUAAUUUGAAUCCCAGACCUUUCAACAGUGUUCCUAACAUUGUAUCAUCUCCUUUUUCACAAAAUCAACAAACAAAUAUUACAAGCUCUCCAUUCAGAAAUACUUCUAUUCCCGUUCCUUCACAUCCCUUUAACACAAAUCCAGCUAAUAUCUUUAACCCUAACUCAGUACAGAAUUUUAACCCUAACCAAAACUUCAACCCUAAUAUUAACCCUAGUGUAACUCAGAAUAUAAGUGGUAAUAUGAAUGUACCAAACCAAUCGCAAGUAUUAGAAGACAGAUCAAUGAUGUAUUUAGAAGGACAAUUAAACCAAACUACUAACAUUUCAUCACCAUUUAGUCAAACUUCGAACAGUUCACCAUUUAAUCAAGCAUCUAACGUUCAAACAGCAUUUAGUCAAACUACUAAUGUGAACACUAAUCCAUUAAGGCCGAAUUUUACAAAUCCCACCAGUUUGGUUGCUAAUAAAAUUGCUGGUAAUAGGUUUUCACCUUUACAAUCACAACUUGGAGCACAGUUAACAAAGUUUGGGGAGAUGUAUACCCAGAGAUUACAACAGUCUGAGGAAGAGGAUGUGGUUGACCCACCGCUGUUAGAUGAGCUUGGAAUUAACCUUGUAGAGAUUUACGAACACUUGGUAGGAGUAGUUUUACCUAAAAAGGGAAAUAGUUUAUUCCUAAAUUAUAAUGAUUUGUCUGGACCACUACUGAUCUUUGUCACCUUUGCAAUGGGCCUAAUGUUUUCUGGAAAAAUUUGCUUCAGCAUCAUCUACGUGCUUUCAGUUUUCUGUAACCUCGGCAUUUACCUACUCUUCAACUUCCUUAACGAACGGUACAUAAGUCUCUCAAAGACAGUCACGAUCAUGGGCUAUUCACUCUUACCACUCUGCUUAACACCAGUGAUCUGGCUUUUUUCCAGGUUCCUAAAGCUGGUUUCAGUAAUUCUAGUUUACCUCUGCGUUGUUUGGAGCACAGUUUCAGCAACAUAUCUUUUCCAAGCUGUAAGUUAUGGCACCACUAAUAAUGUUUUAGGAGUUGGAUUUAGGUGGAAGGUUCUACUUUGUCAUGUAUCCCAUUUUACUCUACUACACCACCUUUGCAAACGUCGUUAUCUUCUAAUAUAUUUUUAA